CCUCCUGCUGCCUGUUGCUGGCAAGAUUUCCCCUCAUCCUCACGCGCUGGCUGUUGCCGCUUCACUCCACGCUCACUCGCAUGGCCGUUCCAUCACCAAAUUGCCAUAAAAUGCCAUGUCUCUUCCGUCAUUUUGAUACCUUAUCAAGCAAUAGAAAUGGUCCUCUAAGAGGUCGAAGCUCAGACAUCCUAUAAAGCGGCCCGAAAGACGGAAAUUGGCCAGUUGAAAUGUCCCUGGGCGAAGAUCCCAUUGACUGGACGGUCGACGAGGUGGUGCAGUUCCUGUGCCGGAAUCCUGAGACGCCAUGGGCCCGAUCAUCGUCGCGCGCGCCACGACCCAACCCGGUCACCUUCGAGGCUACUCUUCGAGAGAAUGAGGUCACAGGCGAGGUUCUUCUGCACGAUGUCGAUAAGGAAACGCUACGGGAUGAUCUAGGGCUGAGAGCUCUUGGCCACCGUAGCUCGAUGCUCAUGGCAAUACGAUAUCUGCAGCGGAAUUCCCCAAAGUUCCAGGACUCCAGAACUCUCUUAAGUGUCCCGCAUGAAGACCAAUACAGCUCUGCAGCCCCGGUCUUUCCCCAGUUUAAUUCCCCAUCAUAUCACAUUCCUUUGUCUCACGAUGUGACACCUCAGCGAAAAGCUUUCCAAAAUCCCCGUCUGCAGACCCCUACUGCACCCAGGGGCGCACUCUUGGGGGCUUCUGCAAACGAGCAAAGAUCUGGAACGGCAGAUGAUCGCAGAUCAGAUGGGACGGCCAGUCAUCACGAUGUCACAGAUCAAAAUGAAGGACGCAAGGCUGACUCCGAACCAAAGUCCCCGGAAAGACGCACCCGCCCGGGCGAGGAUAUGGUUGUUGACGGCCAGGGAAGGAAAAGGCGAAAGCUAAACCUAAGUGCCUUGAACCAGGACUCGAAUAACGAUCUUGCCCCAAGACAGGAAAGCAGACCACAAACUGCCAAGGAGUGGUAUAUGGGUCCAGAUGAACUCAAUGUCUCGCAGCUGUUCUACGCUUCUGACUCGGAUGAAAACGAUCAGGAAUUUACCAUGGUUAGCUCCAGAUUCCCGACUGCUCAGCGCAAAUUCGUGAACAAGUCUCUUGGCUAUUCCUACAAACAGCGACCCGUGAAGCUGAACGCUAAUCAGUCGGCCUUGGUUCCUUAUCAACAAUUGACCAAGCAAACAAGCAAACCAUCAAAGAAGCCACUAACCAUAGAUGCAAGUAAGCCGAAGUACUGUACCCUGUUCACGGUCAGCAAUGGCAACGUCACGGUCACCAAGGACGAGCUGCACAAGUGGCCGCAGCUACUCCGAUCUGAGGCUGCGGAGAGCGAGAAGAACGCCGACCCCUAUGAUUACCUCCUACAUAGAUACCCCGCGCAAGACGACGAUGAUCCAGAUACUUACCCUUUAUACGGAGAUUCUGGAUCGGAAGGCGAGUUUGAUGAAGAGACUUGGCAGGAGAUUGAGAACGAACGCCGGGAACCGUUACCACAGCAAAGAACACUGACAUCUGCCGAGGUCAACUCUAUCAUUGACAGUUGCGUUGCAGAGUUCGAGAAUGACUGGCUUCAACAUGGGAAGGCAAAAGAAGAACCUAAGGCACGGAGAAUUUGGCUAGCAGCUAGAAGAGGGAAAUGCACCAAUGAACAAAUCAAGAACCUUACACGCGACAUCAGUCUUCUGGACAGGCGCCUAGGGGUUUUCACCAAAGCAAUCCGGGAAGGCGAAUAUAAUACAUCAAAGGAACUACAAACACAAUGUCGCAGCUUGGAGAACACCGUGACCAAUAUCCAGAAGCAGAAAUGGCGCAUUUCCAUUCUCGAGCAAGAACAGUGCCCCCCGAAGAUCUCUGCUCCUGCGAGGCCAUUACCUCCCAGGCGACAAGGCACUGACGAGGAUGGAGAGUCGCUCGCCUCGGAUUCUGAUGGUGCAUCUACGGGCUCUUUGGAUGACUUUAUUGAUAACUCCGAUGUGCUCCAUGCAAGCUCGACUCCUUCAUCGUCUGACGAUGAUAUCAUUAGCCCUUCUGGUGCAAGGCGGAAAUUCAGGAACCGGAGCGUCACGGCUCGAGGUCACCCUUUUGUUGAGUCCAGUUCUCCCUCUCCUGCUCCGGUUUUUGAAGCGCCAGUAGAGUGUAUUGACCUCACCCGGGAUUCGCCUCUGCCUGAAGACGAUGAAUUCAGAGUGGAGACGCCUCCAUUGAAUCCACCGCAACCGAGGACUCCACAAUCUGAACAUGUCAUGUCUAGAGAUAUCUCUCCUGCACCCAGCCUUCCCCUGAGCGUGUAUGUCGAGAUACCACCUAUCAAGCGAGAGCAGCCUUCCAGGCCCCAUGAGGAGGAUCACUCAAAGUCCCGUAAAGAGAGAUCGGCGAGCCUACCUGACAUCAGCGACAUCGACCGAUUAAAAGAGACCCCUUGGAGGAUGCUCUGGGAGCAUCAGGACCGUCGCAGGCUGUUGGCGAAGCUGAUAAUUGGCCUGGCGGAUGAAGAGCGAAAGAGGUUGAUUGGGAAAAUUCCUAGAUAUGAUGUGUUCGACCUGCAACAUCUCACGCUCGCUGCCUUGAAACAACUAACCAAAAAGAGGGAUACAAUGCCUGAUAUGGAACCUUUGGAGGCAAGCUUGAUCCUGCGCACGGCAUCGCUUUUCGUCUCAUGGAUAAAUUGCACUCAUUAUCGUAUGGCGAAGGGCUUACCAAGGAAGGACGUCAAGCGGGCAAGAUCCGAGAUCACCGGAUUCCCCGAGUUCUAUAAGGAGCUUUGUGCCUGCUUGGAUGCAUAUCAUAUCUGGCAACGAAACAAACAGGGCGAGUCGCAGGAGACACAAUCAGCCCUUGGCGAUACACCUCACAAAAAGCGAAAGAGGGAGGUGAAAGAGAGUCAGACCGCCAAGACGACCCAGGAAACCGCCCAACUUCGUGUUGCAGUCCAAGAAAGUCUCCGACAGAAGCUUGAGCGGAAACUAGAGAGUAUGGGGGUCAGCAAUACGGACGCCACUCGCCAGGCCGUCAGCUUUGGGAACCCUGUCAUCUACUUGGACCCGCAUAUUGGACAGCGGGUCAAGCCUCACCAACUGCAUGGCGUUCAAUUCAUGUGGCGAGAGCUGAUAGAGGACGAAACGCAUCAAGGCUGCUUGCUAGCUCAUACAAUGGGCUUGGGCAAAACAAUGCAAGUCAUUUCCCUUAUAGUAACAAUCGCAAAUGCCGCCGCCUCGGAGGAUCCUGAAAUCAGGCAAAAGGUCCCCAAAGAACUCCUUCGGUCUCAAACUCUGAUUCUUUGUCCCUCGUCGCUGAUCGAGAAUUGGUAUGAGGAGUUUCUCAUGUGGACUCCAAAAGACUCGGCAGUCGGACCAGUGAAUAAGGUGACAAGCUCUGCUUCGCACCCGGAAAGAAUGGACACGCUUGCUCGUUGGAAUGAGGAAGGCGGCGUACUUCUUAUAAGCUAUGACAUGUUCCGGACUUGGGUGUUUAACAAAGAAACAACCAAACGACCCAAGCCUCUCUCGGAUGAGGAGCAUCAAAACAUCAAGAAAUGGCUCCUGGAAGGGGCUAGGCUCAUUGUCGCGGACGAAGCCCAUAAAAUGAAGAAUCCCUCCUCCGCAAUUACCGCUGCAGCCAUGCAAUUCCGUUCCCAAAGCCGCAUUGCACUGACCGGCUCUCCACUGGCAAAUAACCUUGUCGAUUACUUCACCAUGGUGAAUUGGAUUGCAAAGGGAUACCUGGGAGAGUUCUUGGAAUUCAAGGCCAACUUCUUGGAACCUAUUGAGGAAGGGCUGUAUGUGGAUAGCACCUACACCGAGCGGCGGAGGUCACUCGUGAAGCUCCAGGUGCUCAACACCAUCCUCGACCCAAAGAUUAACCGUGCCGAUAUUUCCGUCCUUGCAGGCAGCUUGCCACCCAAAGUUGAAUUUGUGAUCACGGUUCCGUUGACUGACGUGCAGAAAGCGGCGUACAAUCUAUAUGUGGAAUCGGUUCUACGUGGAACAAGUGAUGUUAGCAGAGUUCAGCUAAUGUCGUGGCUCGCUAUUCUGGGACUGUGCUGUAAUCACCCGACUUGCUUCCGGGAUAAGCUGAUGAGCCGAGCCAACGAUGCACAGAGGCUGGACAAAACGAUUGAGGGAGUUGAACCAGCUCCUGGCGAUGAGCCGAUCACCCAGUUAGGCCUAGAUGUCGACAGCCUAGUAGCUGAACAAGAGCGACUUUUCUCCGCUGUCCCUGAUAUGAAAGCACCAGUGUUGUCUUGUCGAGCACAGAUUUUGGAUAGGAUCGUCGCCGAGUCUGUCCGAGCCGGAGAUAAAGUGCUGGUAUUCUCUCAUAGUAUACCUACACUCAACUACGUGGAACAUCUACUCAGAAAGUCUGGGUGGAAAUACUGCCGCCUCGAUGGACAGACACCAAUCGCCAGCCGACAAGCUGCUACCAAGCAGUUUAACCAAGGGUCCGCAGAGAAUGUAUAUCUAAUCUCGACUCGAGCCGGAGGUCUUGGUCUGAACAUUUUUGGUGCCAACCGUGUCAUUCUUUUCGAUUUCUCCUUCAGCCCUAUUUGGGAAGAGCAGGCCGUCGGGCGUGCAUAUCGCAUGGGCCAAAACAAACCUGUCUUUGUCUAUCGGUUCAUUGCAGGCGGCACGUUCGAAGAGAACAUGUACAACAAGGCUCUGUUCAAGACCCAGCUUGCUUUCCGCGUCGUUGACAAGAAGAAUCCAGUGCGAUCAGCGGCAAAGUCUCUUGGGGACUAUCUGUUCCCUGCCAAGGAGGUGCCGGAGACAGAUGUGACGGCCUUUUUAGGAAAGGAUCCCGAGGUCCUAGACAAAAUUAUUCGGAGUGACGCAGACGCCAGCGAACGACUGAUCCGGAAAAUCACCCUGACUGAAACUUUCCAGAAGGAUGACAACGACAAAUUGACCGAGGAAGAGAGAAAUGCGGCCCAGCAGCAACUCAGUGAUGAACGGCUCAAACGUACCGACCCAGAAGCCUAUCAGAGACUGGUUAUCGAAAGGCAACGGGCACUGUUGGCACAAAACUCUUUGAGCCAUCAAACGGGACCUUACAUGUCGCCGUCGUCUGCUCUGGCCUUAUACCCACCGCAGUAUCCUGCACAACCUCCGCGCCCCUAUUAUUCGCGGCCUCCUCAGACCCCAGCUCCGCAGCCAACUGUCCCAGCUAGCGCGCACAACGUUGGCCCUCCUGCUUUGGCGCCUGACACGAGCGUCAUGCAGUCAACGCCAGCAGCCGAUGAGCAACCGCCCUUGACGAUUCCAGGACUUGGAAUGCUCCCGAGAACUCACCCUCAUGCUCAAAGCGAGCCUGUGACCCCAAUCACCAACGUCAACUUUCGUUCAGUACCAGGAAGCAUCCCUACUGGAGUCCCAGCACCGUCGGCACCUGCACAGGACUAUCACAGCCCCACCACCCUCGAACACCAAGAAUCCACCUCCACCGCAAGAGGACAAGCCGAACCGCCACAAUCCUCCGAAGAAAGUAACAAAAACGCUAGUUGCAGGCCCCAAUGAGAAAUACAUCCACCAUUCAUCAGAAUAGAAUCCCUACCCUUUGAUCACCAUCAUCAUCACCCCCUCUUCUUCUUCUUUCUUUUUUCCGCCCUCUCAGUAUUAAUGAAACGUGAC